AAUAUAAGGCACAUUUUAAGAGAAUUAAUCGCAUCAGCCAUGUCUCUAAGAGGUUUUAUAUUUUGUUGCUUACUAGCUAUUAGCACAGCACAGGAUGAAACUAAUAAUAAACUUUUCCCCGAAGGUUUUAUGUUUGGUGCAGCCACAUCUUCUUAUCAAAUAGAAGGUGCAUGGGAUGAAGAUGGCAAAGGGGAAAAUAUUUGGGAUCGUUAUACGCACUCUCACCCUGAAUUAGUUGUUAAUAACGACACUGGUGAUGUAGCUUGUGAUUCCUAUCACAAGUACAAAGAAGACGUAGCUAUGUUGAAAGAAUUAGGCGUUGAUUUUUAUCGAUUCUCAUUAUCCUGGUCAAGAAUUCUUCCUACAGGAUUCGUAAACAAAGUUAACCUUCCCGGGGUGACAUACUACAAGAACCUAAUCAAAGAACUGAAAGAUAAUGGCAUCGAACCCCUGAUCACCAUGUACCACUGGGACUUGCCACAACCCUUGCAGGACAUCGGAGGAUGGCCGAGCGAGUUCAUAAUAGAAGCUUUCGCAGAAUACGCGAGGCUAUGCUUCGAACUCUUUGGAGACGACGUGAAAUAUUGGCUGACAUUUAACGAACCCAAGCAAACUUGCUUAGGAGGUUAUGGCCAGGGAUAUUCUGCCCCAGGAAUUACAUUGUCAGGAUUAGCAGACUAUGUGUGUACUCAUCACUUAAUCAAAGCUCAUGCUAGGGCUUGGCACAUCUAUGACCAAGAAUUUAGAGCUACACAACAAGGUCUCGUAUCAAUCACUAUUGAUACUAUGUGGCAUGAACCUGCUAGUGACAGUGAAGAAGAUGUAGUUGCUGCUGAAACAGCACUACAAUUCGAAUUCGGAUGGUAUGCAAAUCCAAUCUAUAACAGCGACUACCCAGAAAUAAUGAAGACUCGCAUUGCAGAACGUAGUUUAGCUGAAGGCUUCAACAAGUCCCGUCUUCCAUCAUUCACCGACGAAGAAAUCGCCUACAUUAGCGGCACUUUCGAUUUCAUGGCUGUCAAUAUGUAUACUUCAAUGCUAACAGCGGCCACGGAUGAAGUACCAGUUGGGGAACCAAGUUACACUUACGACAUAGGAGUUAAUAGCUACCAGCCUGAUGAAUGGGAGUCAUCAUCCAUACUAUAUUUCAAGAUAACUCCAUGGGGCAUAAGAAAACUUUUAAAUUGGUUGAAAGAAACUUACAACGAUCCAGCAAUUAUAAUUACAGAAAAUGGUACCCCUGAUGAUGGCUCCUUAGAUGAUGUUAAGAGAGUUCGUGUUUACAGGGAUUAUCUUAGUAAUGUAAGAAGUGCUAUAGAGGAUGGAGUAAAUGUAUUUGGCUACACUGCAUGGAGUCUUAUGGAUAACUUCGAAUGGUUACAGGGUUAUGCAGGAAAAUUCGGGCUCUACCAUGUAGAUUUCGACAGCAUUAACAGGACGAGGACACCCAAAACAUCUGCGGCUUACUACAAGAAAGUUACCAAGACUCGUUGUUUGGUAGACACUUGUGAGGAAUAAACAAAAGUUUAUAUGUUCAAUCAAACCUAACAAUCGCCAUUGCAUUUUUUAUUAAAUAAUCCAAAAUUUCAAAAAUGUUGAGAAAGGAAAGGACACAAUAAAUAAAAUUUCAUUUAAUGGAAUUUAAAACGUGAAAUUAAUAUAUUUCCAAAAUAAUACUAACUUAGGUACCUAAUAAAAUGGCACGUGGUUUUGUUUAAUUUUUUUAUAAUUAACAGUGUUUAAACAAUAAAACUUUUAUUUUAUUA